CUAGCUGUACAUGUACAAUUGUUAGUAUGGUAUUUUACUAGUAUAGUAUAUGAUGCAGCAGCAGAAUGAUGAAUCCAAGUUCGAUGUGUAAAACUAUAAUCCACAUUCAAUGUUCGGAGACGAAAGUCUAUAAAGCGAUUUUUGAGAGGGUAAGUUCGUCGUGGUUUCGCGGCAGGGGCCAAUCUCCGAAUCUUCUAAUUAUAUUUAGUCGAGCACGCGUGUGUUCCUGGCCAUUCGAGGAAUAUACCCCCGGUUUCCCUUUUACGCUGUUUCGCCGGCAUGCACCGCAUCGCACCGGUCUCUUCUUCUCGGCUCUCUCCUUGUUUAUCUCGAAAUAAACGUUGCUAGCGCACAUGGGCGUUUCUUCGGGCAUUGCCAGAUGCGUGGGUGGUGGCAGUGAAGAGAAGAGAAGGAGAGCACGGAAUGACGGUCACAUGGCAUCGUCGUGGACUCUUCUUCUGCUCAGACUUGUCAGUAUUCCGUGAAGUGUUGUGCCGUGCUUGCGUACACGUUUCACCGCGACCCCGCGCUCUUCUCGAAAAGCUCUUCGAUCGCGAUUUCCAGACCUGUUCGCACCACGUGGAAACCUCCUCGCGGAAAACUGUGUCACCGUGGAAAUUGGAUCGCUGCUUCGACUCGGCUCGUGGCAUUAAAUCGUAAUUACCUACGUUGCGAGAACGAUAUACUCGAUCGGGGGAUUUGCGAUUGUCACCGCGGGAAAUUGAUGCGGCCUGGAAUUAAUUUUUAGAACAAAGAGAAAGAAGAAGAGGUGGAAGUUCCCGCGCUUCGGAGACUCCUUCCGGUGUGCAUGAAAUUGGGGUUCCUUCCCUCUUAAAAUUCCGCUGAUGACAAUGUCAUCGAACACAAGCGUUCCGUGAUUCGAUUUCGGAUUCGUUCGAGUGGUUCGAAGGACGAUCCCUCUAAAGAUAGCAGUUCGAAGGUCACCGCGAAAGAAUUUGGCUGUGCCGUUUUCGGAAGUUCGAGAGAAGAAUUAAGAAACUGCAGAGAACUCUUGAAGAAAUUCUUAACGAGCAAAUUUCACGAAGACUCUUUUCUUGUAAAAUUUGAAUCACCUCCUGUGAAAAUUAAUCGAGGAUACAGUAUAAUGUUCUUUCGACGUUGAAGUGCGCUUCGAUGUACCGUGCACUGUUUCGCGCGCAAAAAGCUGCGACAAAAAGGGAACUUAGAGGGUCUCGUUACAACCGAAUAAUGCUACCUUUCAUGACUUCUUUUCCUGCGCUCAGACGAACAAAAACAUCUGUAACUCCAAGUGUAUUUUCGGAGAAAAUACUCUGAAUCGCGUGUUCGUUGAUUAACUGCACGUUUGGGGGCUCUAGAAGAGGCUACAAUUUUUGGAGCACCGUUGGGGAGAAGAAAUAUUCGAUUAUCGUGGAGGAAAAAUAUUGGAAGAAUGGACUCAUGGAAUAAGGUUGAAGAAUUACUGGCGAGAAAUUAAAGAAUACCGGCGUGACAGCGGUUUCUCGUGCAAGGGGUCACGAUGGCAGUCGACAACCCGUCGUAUUUCUCGUUGUCGAGUGCCGCGUCGUCGUCGACGACGCCGACGUCGACAACGAGCCUGGCCUUUUCACCGCCGUCUAAAGGGCCCACCGGCCUGACGGCGCUCUUCCGGAGACGGCCCUGUAAAAUGGGCACCACCUCGUCGGCUAGCGUGCUCUCCACGUCGACGACUAGUACCUUGAUGCAUCAGGAGAGUAAUCGAAGCAGCACGUCGGGUAAUUCGACCCCUUCGACGCCUACUGAAGAACGGGUUCCGAUGCUGCCCAGGAAUGGAAUGGUGCACCCUGGAAAUGGGGCCCAUGGACCAACCGCGAAUCAAAGGAGGAGCUUCAGGAACUUGUUCAGGUCGGUCAGCGCCAAUGCGGAUAAUGAAAGGACGCAGCAGUUUUUGAAGGGAGAUCCGAGACCCUCUGAUGUUGCGCCGCCUUCUCCCUACUUGCCACACAGGUCUCAUUCGCACUCCGAGAACGACAGAAGAAGACCAGGACGAAGUAGAGCGGUGCUGAAGUCAGCCAGCGAGCUUUUGUCAAACGACAUGGUGUAUUGUGGCUUAGCCAGAGAUAGCCACGAUCAGAACGUCGACGACGAUGACGAUGACGAUGAUGAUCAGGAUUCGAGCGAGGUCUUCGUGGGUGUCGAGGACGCUAGGUACUACAACCUCUCAGCCACCUUGCCAGCAGCAGGAUCAGCAGCAGCAGGACGUCGAAGGCACUCCAUCGGCACGUUCCUCGGAAAAGAUCGUAGUACAACCAAAGACAAUGCUAGAAGGCAACCUCAAAGUUCAACAGCUCUGGUAGAACCCGACACGAUGGCACCACCUAUACCAGUAGAUGUGGUGGAUGGUGUCCACGUGGAAAACAGAGCUGCACGAUCCUACAGUAGGACCAGGCGUAGACGUCAUCGUAGUUCCUCCAGCAUGGGGUCCCGUUCAGCGACCGGGUUGUCCAAGAUCGACUCUCAUCCCGAAGAUGACGUGCUCUUCGUGUCCAGCAAAGACAGCGAGAUCUCGAGUCUGUGGGUCAAUUAUCUCACAGCUUGUUUCGAGCAGAUCAGCAGGCAGCAGGGCCGACCGCCUUUCAAAGUACGUCACAUCACAGUCGAGGAAUCCCCAGCCAUCGAAGAAAGGAUUCGAUCCGCUCGUCUGCAGAUCGUCGUCGUGUGUCCAGUACUUCUGGAACGAAUACAAAGUCGUCCAGAACAGGCGACAAACUUAUCAAGACAGCUGAUCGCGGAUAAGGUCCUGGCGAUGAUGCUAGGUGUACACGACAGCCACAUCACCGACACCCACAAGUCCAUCCUGGUCUCGUAUAAUCAGUGGAGGAAGUUCUUCGUGAAGGAUCAGGACGAGACUUUCGUUGGAGAAUUGCUGGGAGCUGCUGUUGGGAUCCUCGGCACCACUCCGCCUCCUGCGUUGAGGAGCGACAAGACUGCGUUCUCUGUGCAUCCGAAGAAAGUUAAAUUGGGUCACAACAGAAUAAUCGCCUUGCUGAACGACCCUAUGAGGCCGGAGGACAACGUAUCGGUAAUCGUCGAUCGCUGCGGCGAGGCGAUCGAUAUCGCCCACGUGAAGAGGAGAAAUCCCUACACCCUGCAGUUCUCCAUUCCCGAGAGAUGUCUUGAGGUAUCCAUGUUGGUCGGCGUUAGGAUAUCCAAGAACGGGUGUCCUCUAGGUGUUAAGCAGGUCAAGUGCGAGAGCAGGCUCAGGGAACUCGAUCAGAUCCUUCGGGCUCACGACAAUCCCUUGGAAUUCAUGUGUCAGACGUUUGGCUUCAAUCCUGGGGACCGCGAACAGCUGGACAACUGGAUGGUCCACGCGUUUCAACGAAACGUCCCUCCUCACUUUAAUCUCUUGUCCACACCCAGUGGUGUGGUAUCCACUCAAAGAGUCCACUCGAGAAGAAUAGUUGGUCCUGAAGAAAACCCAACGUUGCUGCAUUUCGCUGCUCGCUUCGGCCUGGAGAGACUAGCCUGGCAAUUACUGGAAUGUCCAGGUGGUGACAUAGCAUGCGAUCUGAGGAAUGUGUCGGAAUUGACCCCUGCGGAUCUUGCGGAACAAGCAGGACACGCGAGACUGGCACAUCAACUUCGUGGCUACAUGCAAAUGAACGAGUUCACCAACAUGUACAGCUACCUAAAGGUGAUCAGCGAAACAACAGACCAACCAGCAAGUGCGGACCCAUCGACGACUAACACGACAAACGACACCAACGACAAAGAAGAUUACUGUCGUCCACGACCUUUGAGCGAAGCUUAUUCGGUGCCACCGGCCGCAAGACCAAUAACAUCUUUAAUCUUACCAGGCCAAUUACCAGUAACCCCUAACCCGACCACUAGUAACCCCAUUGAAGCAAAUUACUCCAUUGUACCGGCACCGACCCCCGUCGUCGUCAGUCCAUCAACACCGACACCCACGACGACCAUACCGAACGGCCUUGAGCUACCUCUUCAAGGUUACAUGAAAAUGCAUCCAGCUGGAACCAGAACACCCACAUCGAACAUACCGAGCCAGCAACCAUCGCGCACAGCGACGCCCACUCAGAAUCGUCCAGAUCACCCCAUGCACACUCGAGAGGAGAACAGUCAAUCUUCCUGCUCCUACGGCAGAGCAGCCUCGAACUUUAGUACAAAGUCGAGAGAGCCUUCAGGUCCUCAGGACGAGCUUCUUGAAAUCAUAAACGACUUCAAGAAUAACGUGUUCACUAUAACCGAGGUGGAGAGACUCGUGGAGAACUGGAGGAACCGCAACGACGUUCAACAGAGCUUCAAAGAUAAACAGAGGCAAUUGAACGCGAUGAGGGAAGAGUACGAGAGAAUACAGAAGAAGCUAAAAGAUGAAAUGAAAGCCCCUACUCCUUUCGAUAGGAUUCGAAAAUUCUUCUCUAAAGGAAAGAAAGAUUCAAAGGAUUCUGCAAACGGAAGCGACGAUUCGUCUUCGACUAACAAACCAGAGACUGUCAAUGGUGCUUUGACGGAUCGCAGACCAGUCAGCAGUUUGAGUCUUCGCAGCGUUUCAAGCUCGUCUUCCUCUGGCAGAAUGAGUACCGCAAGUGGAUGCAGCGGAACCAGUCUAGGCGACAGUGGAACUCAUUCUGAUACCGAAGACCGAAGACUGCAAAAUGCCAGAGAAGACAAGGCUGGUGUAAUGUCAUAUGAAAUACCACCUGCACCAAAACCCUUCACUGGAAGAUACUCACCUGCCCUCAGGUACUCUCCUUCCCCUAGAUCCUUGCCGGGAAAUGACCUUGACCUUAGACCAUCGCAUCUUGCUUCAAGAACAGAGGACAACGAAUAUUACAUCGCCUUUCCGCCGUCAGGAUUGCCUAUUCACUCUUUCAAACCAGAAGGUUCUCUGAAAGAACCUAAAACACCGAAUUCACCCUGUGACCACCCCAAGUAUCUCGACAUGAUCCAAAACUCGUCUCCAGCCAUGGACACCCCAGAGUCAGAGUCCUGCAGGCAGCCUGGUAACAGCUACGCGAAUAUCGAGCCGUCUACCUUGAAUUCGACACCAAUCCCACCACCAGGCAUGUGCAUUCCCACAAACUACAUGAACGUGGCACCAGCGUGUGUCAGCUCGUUCCAGGAACCCGUUCAAGAACAGACUGAGCACUCAGAUUCUGGUCACGCUUCUGAAUUGUCAAAAAACUCGUCCAAGGAAACCCAUUCCGAAGAGGAAAAGGCUAGCGGUAAUACCCAUGAUAAAGGUCAACACGUAGACGACGUUCGUGGCAAGGAAAAUGAAGAGUACGUGGAGACAGAUUCGGUGAACGGUUCGGAAGGUGUAGAUGUGCCGGAUACUUGUAAAAUGCCGGAGUACAUGAACGUUGAUGUGUCUCAGGAUGUCAAGGUUAAGAAGACACCGGCACCUCCUGUUCCACCACGAGUUUCCACGAAGAAGUAAAGAAGAAUAGACACGAUUGCACCCCUUCGUUUCUCCAUUUUCUUCUUCCUUUUAACUGAAGCACGCUCAACUGUUCAACGAGAGUGCCUUACGCGAUUGUUUUCCAUACAAGUAGUAUUCGAGUGUCGUUUGGAGCAGUCAAACAACGUUAAUAUUCUUCAUAAUCAUUAGUAUUAGUAGCGUAUUUAAAUGUACAUGUACCGCGUCGCUUGAAGAAGCAUGAAGAUCGUAAAAUUAAUGUAUUCCAGGCCUUUGUGUACAUUACUUUAUGUCUUUUUUCUACUGAAUAUUCGAUGAGGCGUGACUUAAUCUGUAGAGAAUUCUUUUUAUCUUAAUAUGCGUUUAGUACUGUAGUACUCAUUAUUAUAAAACUGCCUCGAAUGCAGAAAUAAAAUCAAUGUAUUAGAUUAUUUUUAUUGUUAAUAAAACACUAUUCAUUAAUAGUGAUGAAAGUGUUGCGAAGAGUUUUAAGACUAUGAAGAUUUAGGGAUCAUUUGACUCAAUUACCUUAAGCUUUUCAAUUUAUAAAAGUUUCUCGUUACUGCAAAUUUUCAGAUCUGGUUACUUUUUAAAUAUUUUUGAUUCGGACAAUAUUUCCAUUUUAUCCUGUCUCGCUACAAAAAUAUUUAAAUUUAAAUGAUCUGAUCUGAGAAGCAUUCGAGGCUCUUACGUCACUAUAAGUUGUAUAUUAAUUAAAUAAUGCUCGGAUCUCGAUCCAAUAACAAAUACAAUGCUAGCGAGCGCCAAAUCAAAGUUUCAUCGUUUGGCAAACUGCCAACGCAAAAAAAAGAAAAUGUGUACAUAUCUACUCUGAUUCUAAUUAUUAUAAUCCAUUGUUUCUUAGUCCAAUUCUAGCGAUAUUUUUAUUAUUAAUAAAAAAAAAAGAUUUCUUUCAUCGACGUCAAAAAGACUGUAAAACAAAAGCUAUCGUUGCGUGAUUAUUUUACUGUAUACUCUAUAAUUGUUUAAUAUAAACAAUACAUUGUACAGGCGUCGAGUUGUUUCUGGAAGAACGACUGAAUAUGUAACAAGUACCAAGGAUGCAUUUAUCACUUCAAUUGUAACGCGUUACUCUAGCCGUUUUACAUUAUAAUCUUUUCCUUUUCUACCUACUUUUUAUAUUUAUGUCUACAGUAAUAAAUGUGAUUAUAAAAUA